UGAUCAGCGCACGUUGAUCUGAUGGUGGGAGGAUUUCAGGAAGAGCGCUGAGUGCUACGUGUCCAACACGUCCUGACUCCCACCAACUUUACUUUUACUCCGUGAGCUCUCCAGGGUCUCGUCUUUAGAAAGCCUCGGCGCAUCAUGUCUGGGAUGAAAAAGCAAAGAACGGAUCUGCAGAGAGCUACCAAUGUUGUGUACCAGGCUCACCACGUGAGCAGAAGCAAGCGUGGCCAGGUGGUUGGGACCAGAGGCGGAUUUCGUGGAUGUACUGUCUGGCUGACAGGGCUGUCUGGUGCUGGAAAGACUACAAUUGGAUUUGCUCUUGAGGAAUAUCUAGUGUCUCAUGCCAUUCCUUGCUACUCGCUCGAUGGUGACAAUAUUCGACACGGCCUGAAUAAGAACUUGGGCUUCACGGCCACAGACAGGGAAGAGAACAUCCGACGUAUUGCUGAGGUGGCCAGAUUGUUUGCUGAUGCUGGACUGGUUUGCAUCACCAGUUUCAUUUCUCCAUUUACAAAGGAUCGAAACGACGCCAGGAAGAUCCAUGAAAGCGCAGGUCUGCCGUUCUUUGAGGUGUUUGUAAAUGCCCCUCUGGAGCUGUGCGAGAGCAGAGACGUCAAAGGACUUUAUAAAAAAGCCCGUGCUGGAGAGAUUAAAGGUUUUACGGGAAUAGACUCUGACUAUGAGAAACCUGAAGCCCCUGAGCUUGUACUGAAGACUGGAGAACUCACUGUCAAUGACUGCAUUCAGCAGCUAGUGGAUCUCUUGAAGGAACAGGAUAUUGUGCCCACUGGCGUGACAGAAGAAGUGAAUGAGCUCUUUGUUCCUGAAAACAAGCUGGACCUGGUGCUGAGUGAUGCCAAUAUACUCCCCACUUUAACCAUCACAGAGCUGGAUUUACAAUGGAUACAGGUUCUAUCCGAGGGCUGGGCGACUCCACUGAGGGGAUUUAUGAGGGAGAGGGAAUUCCUUCAAGUCUUGCACUUUGGAACUUUGCUUGAUGGUGGAGUCAUCAACAUGUCUGUUCCCAUUGUCCUGCCUGUAUCCAAAGAUGACAAAGAGAAGAUGGAUGGUUGUGCUGCUUUUGCCCUGGAGUUCAAAGGUCAAAAGGUGGCAAUCAUGCGCAACCCUGAGUUUUAUGAGCAUCGUAAAGAAGAGAGAUGUGCCAGGCAGUGGGGGACAACAUGUCCCAAACAUCCAUACAUCAAGAUGGUAAUGGAGAGUGGUGAUUGGCUGGCUGGUGGAGACCUGGAGGUGUUUGAGAGAAUUAGGUGGAAUGAUGGUCUUGACCAGUACCGUCUCACUCCACGAGAGCUUAGACAGAAAUUUAAAGAAAUGAGAGCAGAUGCCAUUUUUGCAUUCCAGUUGCGUAAUCCUGUGCACAACGGCCACGCGCUCCUGAUGCAGGACACUAAGCGUCAUCUGUUAGAGCGAGGCUACAAAAAGCCUGUGCUUCUGCUGCAUCCUCUGGGUGGCUGGACAAAAGAGGACGAUGUACCUCUGGACUGGCGCAUGAAACAGCAUGCUGCUGUUUUGGAUGAAGGAGUGCUGGAUCCUGAAAACACCAUUGUGGCCAUUUUCCCCUCACCCAUGAUGUAUGCUGGGCCUACAGAGGUGCAGUGGCAUUGUCGAGCUAGGAUGAUUGCAGGGGCCAACUUUUACAUUGUAGGACGAGACCCAGCUGGUAUGCCCCAUCCAGAGACAAAGAAGGACCUGUAUGAGCCCACACAUGGUGGAAAAGUGCUGACCAUGGCACCAGGCCUUACCUCACUUGAGAUCAUUCCUUUCAGAGUUGCUGCAUACAACAAAGUUCAGAAGGCCAUGGACUUCUAUGACAAGGAAAGACAUGCUGAAUUUGAGUUCAUCUCUGGGACCAAAAUGCGGAGCCUUGCCCGCAGCGGGGAGAACCCCCCGGAUGGUUUCAUGGCCCCAAAAGCGUGGAAAGUACUAGCUGAAUACUACAGUUCUCUGCAGAAGGACCAGUGAACAUGAGGCUGUGGACUGUAUAUGGAGACAUACAGUGAAGCUCUUUAUAACUUAUUUCAUUAGAACUGAUAGAAAUAGGUUUAUAAAAAUAUAUGCAUUAUAUACUACAGUCCUACAUUUGUAGUAAUAUUAAAAAAAAUCUUUAUUAGACUCAUUUUUAGAUAAAUGCUAUCUAUAUUUAUGCCCUGCAAAUUACUUCAAAAUGCAGUAUAAUAUCUUGUUCCCUGAGAUCACCCUAUAUAAAAAGCAUAUAUGGAUUAAACUACACAGCUACUGCUGUUUCAAUGGUGUUUUAUACUUAUAGUUGGAUGAAGCAGAUCAAAGUAUGCCUGACAGUAAUAGGACCGAUAUUUUUCCUACCUCAACUGGAGCUUUAUUUGUUCGUCUUGGCAGUAUUUUCACCAGAGGAGAACAUCUUAUAUUCAUUGUAGAUACAGAAUAAUUCUAUAACAUUGUUUAUACGAAUUAAAAAAAACAAAUGUUCAGUACUGGCAGCAGAGUAUAACCUCAAUCAAAUGUAUUUGACAUAAACACAAUAUUGUCUCGCAGUGCACUUCAGUGCGCCUUUUAAUGUAAAUGUGGCAUUGUUACGUUCCCAAAUGAACAGGUUACUGUAAAAAAGCGAUGGAUGAAUGUGAAAGGUUUGUGCUGAAUGCAUAAACAUAAGACUCUUGAGGAAUCCAAUGUGAAGGAACAAGAGCAUAUUUAUUGUCUUACCAUUUUCUUAACGGACCAGCCUAACAUAUUUAUUAUCUUACAGGAAAUGUAUUUACUUCCCUCUUUUUUGUACAAACUUGUGAGAUUUACAUUUUGUCAUUUCUUACAAUAUUUGAUGUAAUGAGCGUUGGGCAGGCAUUCCAAUAAACUUCCUUAAGACAAAA